AUGGACGACCUGCUUGGUGAACCGGAUGCAAACGCUAUUGCAACCACCGUCGCUCUCCUGAGAAGCAUGGCACACGGAGAGCUCGCAUUCAACCCGGCCCAGCUCACUCUGCGCGGAGAGAGCGCAGAGAUCUAUCAGUUGGCGCUCAAGGCGCACUCGCUGGCUUUGGAGCACACGUGCUCGAGUAUUUUGGCGGGGCAGGGGAGCGAGAGCGACGAUGCGGGCGAUGUUGGCUUUCAUCUAGGUGAAGGCGACUACAGCAAGGCAGAGAAUGUACUCAAGGCGCUCAGUCUGCCUGUGACUCAGACAACGACAAUGAAUAGACCGGAUGGAUGGACAGAGACACUGCAGAACGAGUACUACUUCCGCAUCGCAGGUCCCAAUUCGCGCUACAUUUUCUUUCUGGUCGGACAGACGGACACGGGAGGCUGGGGUGGGCUCGUUGGCGCAGGCGUAUGGACGUGA